UCUCUCCGCGAGUACUCGCCAGUCGUGGUACGCGGGUACAUGCGAGAGCACGUAGUCCGCGCGGUUCCGUCCAAGUGAGAAACCUCGCUCGAGAUUUCGCGUGUUUUUUCGCGGCCGCUCAGGCUAAAACGUCCCGCCGAUCGUCUUGUCGUUCGGUAUCGGGAGUUCAGCGAUGAGUCACUCCGACGAAGCAAAGUCGCGCUUUGUUUCUUCUCUCUUCUUCCUCUCCUGAUCGACCAUUGUCAAGGAAAGAUUCGAAUUUUCGAUAAGAUACACGUUGUCGAAAGUGGCGUGGAUUCGCUUGCCGACUCGAUUCGAGAUCGGCUUAGUCACUUCUCGCGGGCUAAAGUACGCUGUCGCAAUCUGCCUGACUAAUUUGCAAUCCUCGCGGUCUCGAUCGUGAAUUCAGCGUGAUCGAGCUUUUCUGUCGGAGACUCGUUGGGAGAUUAAACGUUGCUUCGAUCGUUCGCGCUUCGCAACAGAAGAACACCGAACGACUCGUUCGCUCGAUGUUGAUCGCUGAUUUCAUACACAUGGCAUUAAGGAGCAGCCUAUAAAAAAGUAUCGAAUCAAGUAUAAUAGUCGACGAUUUGCAGAUUCUAAAUCGAAUCGAAGAGCGAAAUCGAAUCUAACACAUUUUCGUCUACCAUUGACGUUAAAAACUUUCAAGACUGAUCGAGAUAGGCGGAUCGUUUGAACGAUUAUGCGAUUUCUGAGAAGUGCAUCUCGCAACUACCGUAUACGUGUUCCAGGUUGUUUCAAACUCUACGUCAAACGUGAUCGCGAUAAUCGUGCCACAUGCAACAUAUCUGAAACACACAAGUUUCCACAAGUUUCUGCAAACUUUCGCGAAGCUGUGCACGCGCAUACGUCAGACGACGUUCUUGGAAAAUUUCUAGAAAAUUUUAGAGAUCUCAUAUCGCACUCGUUUGCACGAUAGUUUCCGAUCUCUUCGUCGAAAUUGCCAAUCGCAGCGUUAAAAAUGGCUGAAGCAGAUACGCGCGUUUCACGAAGGCGGAGGCUCGUUCGUCGAGGAAACGUUUGAUUCUCCUUUCAGCGGCAGCCAGCGUACCGUGCUGCACAUGCACCUUCCACCGGUUUUAAAUGUUUAUUCACCGCACGACGCGUGCAGAUGCUCGCGGCGCGCAUGUUACGAAACAGUGCGCGAUUGUUCCUCGCGGCGGCGCGGCGGGGCCCGCGUCGAUUUCGCAACGAAUCGACGACAGCGGAAUAAAAGUUGUGCCGCUGUGUUGCCUCGUUAAAAACGACUUCGGCGAUAUUGUUUUAUCGCGGGAAACGUGGGUGCCCGCGGUGCGGCGCGAUAACGUCGUGAGAAACGGGUUACGGCACGCAAGGCGCGCGCGCGCAGGUGAAGCCAGCGUAGUAUCGCGGAACGAAGCCGACCGAUCGGCUUGCUUGCUGACUCUCGGAGAAAGAGAGAGAGAGAGAGAGAGAGAGAGAGAGAAGAGAGAGAGGAAGAGAGCAAAAAAGAGAGAGAGAGAGAAGAGGAGACCGCGCGUCGACCCGGGUAACCUGAAUUUCUUGCAGAGACGGGACAAAGCCGUUGUCACCGAGAACAAACGGCGUCCAACGGUUAAAUUAGAACCGUACACGAGAUCUCGCGAGCUUUUCAACCCGCCGGUGCAAUCUCGAUCUUGGCCGAGCGAGAGGUCGUUUAUCCUCCCUCGAGCUAUGUCCGGCUUCGUUCUCACAUGGAUCCUCCUGCGCGUCUCACGUGUACACGCCGCCCGUUAAAAGACGACCGAUCGAAAGACCGAUCGAGAGUUCUCGUCGUUGGACAUGAGCCAUUCACACUUGCAACGCUGAUUUUUUCUUUUUUUCCUCUUUUUCUUUUUGUCGAUGUUUCGGGAUGUGAAACUCGAAGUGAUUUCGCGAGCAAAACGUCCGAUACGAGACAUUUGGAGCCCAUCGAGGUAUUUGACAGUCUAACGAUCACGUGAUUGGUAGAUAGCGAUUUUCCUUUCUUCUUUGGAAACGUAUUUUAUCUUGAUCGUUUGGGGAAAAUUGAGAAACGUAAUUCGAAUCAUGAUCGAAGUUUUCUUCAAACCAGUCCGAAGUCGAGAAACGAGAAUUUCAGUUGAGUUUGUAAACGAAGAUUAACUAUAAAAUUUACCAGAAAUCGUAAUCAACUCUAGAGAAAAUAGUGAAUUUUCAAAAAAAAGUCUCUCGUUUCCAGUAUCGAAGUAACGUAAAAUGUUCACUUCAAACGUUUCCUUCGAACAGUGUGCUGUGACAAAUAGAAAUACCGCCAAACGAUCUACCGAUCUGAACGAAACAAAAACAUUGAAACUACGAAACUGCAAAAUGAAACAGCUCCUCCGUGCAAGCUAGAGACGGCGCCGGAUGUUGGCGGAGCAACAUCGUCUGGCCACGGCUGGAAGUUCUCCCUUGAAGCGCGCCGGCUGAUCAGAAAUUCCACGGAUUCCCGGGACAGAUUUCUUUCCUUCGUUCUCGUAGCAACGCGCGACGCUGCUUCGUUCGAUCGUUUGCUCAUUCGUGUUCGGUGCGAGCAGAUCGUUGAAUUUACGAGACGGAUUAACGAAUUAAUCGCGGAAAAUAUGUGCUAAGCGGACCGGAUAAGAAUCUGCAAACCGGAGAAUCGGUUGGCUCGAGCUCGUGAGAACUCGGGGAUCGCACCGAUUUCUCCGAUGUCGUUGGGAAACCGUACACGUUUUAUUACACGCCCCCCUCCUUCUCCCUCGGUAUCAAUGACUGGCCGAUCGAAAUCCAGUACCAGCGUGAAACACGAGAUGCCACGGACGGAAGUUACCGGUCGAACGAAGUAAAAAAGGACGGGGGGAGAGAUAGAGAGAGAGAGAGAGAGAGAGAGAAAAGCAGAGGCUUGUAAUUUCGCGUGGGCGUUGGGAGACCAGCUGUGAGCUCGAAGGCUGACGGGGUCUCCAAAUGGCAGAUCGAAUCGAAUCGAAUCGAACGCUUGAAAUUCCUCGGCGUGGGCUUGAUCCAGUUUAAUUAAACUCUUGUCGAAUUCCCGAACACGUCGUUCUUCCACGGCAAUAGGGUUACGCGCAUAAUCGAGAGAUUAUCGUUUCAUCCUCGCCCUUUGUAAUUCGUCGCAUUCGAAGGCAUUCAAAUAUCCCCUUCCCCCUCUGCCGGUAUACAAUAGGAAUUUAAUUACACAUUACGAAUAUAGGCAUUCAUGAGAAAUUCCCGUAUUCUUUUCCCUUCAUCUCCUCGAUCUCGUCGUGGAAAUUUCUAAACAUCUGGACGCCAAAAUUCAUCCAUUCCUCGCGUCUGACAUUCUCCGAAAAUUUCACUUUUUUCCCCGCAUCGAUCGCCGAUCCUCAUCUCGAGUCCCAGCAAUCCCGUCGCGUCGACGUAAAAUCUGCAGAUCACCAAACUACUCGUACGUACUGCUCGUACCAGCCACUCGACUAGUUCGUGCUUCGUCAGAGUAUUUUCAUCGGGACGGGUAAAAGCGGCGGUUUUCGCGGCGAAAGAGGACGCGCGGCGAAUCGAUAUCGCUUUCGGAAAGGACCUGCUGGCCUAUCUGCGCCAAGUCACGCGAAUUUAGGGCGUGGAAUCGCGGACGAGAGGAGCGAGAGAAGUCGCGAUGCAACGGUGCCUCGGCGAGUCGCCCCACUCUCCCCCCUGACGUCCGUCAAGGACGUUCGUUAUAAUUCCACGCGUUCGCAUUCGUUUCAUUUCAUCGCUCGGCGACGAUUGGUCAUAUCCGUCGAUUUCGUUUUGCAGAAUCCGCGCCGUGACGCGUCCCGCAUCGUCGAUGCGGCGUUUCGUUAAUUGCCAAGCCAGUAUCGCCGGGAUCGAGGAGAGAAGGGAGAGCCAGUGGCGCGAGACCGCUCGACCCGAGUAUGUCGGUCGUAUGCGACCGAAACCGCGGCCGGAUCGUGCGACACCUUUGUCGUUCGCUCGCGACCUUUCGUCGCGUUGUCGACGUGUUUGCGUAGUCUGAAAGAAACGAGAGGGGAGGACAGCGACACGAAGAGAAAAAGAAGAGGAGGAGAGAAGGAGAACGAACGGCGAGAGGCUUAUAAAGAACUCGAUUCAAGACUCGCCGCGGGCCGAGUACGUAAUCCGGUCGACUUCUGGGCAAGUUUGACGUUUUGAAGAAGAAUGCUCGCGGGAUGAAGGCGAAGCUGUCACGAAAGGAGCUGGAAGAUCUCUUUAGCGAGGGAGCUAGAUUCCGGGAUACCUCGCAGCAAAUCCAUAAGCAAUGGCAAGCGGAUCCGGCACGAGCGUUUCCAACAGUUGGCCCCGUUACCACAGGCUCGGUAUCUCCCACGUCAGGCGAAAUUUCAACCCCGAAUUCAACGCCCAGUCCGAGCCCUAGUCCCACCAACAGUCAACAAGUCGCGCAUAAUGGCGGUUACGAGGCACAGCCGAAGAAUGUUAACACCAUAUCGAGAAGCAAGCAACUGCAGCAGGUACAGACGUCCUUGUCGGCGACGACGCCCGCGAGGACGCCGGGCGUCGGCGCGGACGCGACGACGACAGGAUCUGGAAAGGGCGGAGGUCGCGUGACAGAAGUAAUGGAACUUUGUUACGUCACCGAAAGAAUCAUUGCACUCUGGUACAGGGAGGAUGCGCAGGGAGUCCUUGAACAUGCUACCGCACUCCUGCGAGGGAAGCACGGUGAUAAUUAUAUGAUAUUCAACCUGUCGUCGGCGGGUCGCGCAGGCGAGCCAAACACGAGGGAGGCAGGGUGGCCGCAGGGUCUGGCGCCCAGUUUGGAGAGGCUGUGCGCCUUGUGCAAGGAGCUGGAUUCCUGGCUGAACGGCGCUCCGAAUCGCGUGGUUGUUCUCCACGCCAGGGGGAGCAAAGAACGACUGGGUGUGGCUGUGUCGGCGUAUAUGAACUACAGCAGCAUCUGCGGCGGACGUGAUCAGGCGUUGGACAGGUUCGCUAUGAGGAGGUUCCUCGACGACAAGAUCGGAUCUCUGCAGGUCCCGUCGCAUCGAAGGUACAUCAAGUAUUUCAGCGGACUUCUCUCAGGCUCCUUGAGGAUCAGUCAGUCACCUCUGUAUUUAACGCAUCUCACGGUUCUGGGUGUUCCGCUGUUCGAGCCUACAGGUUGCCGAGCGUUCCUCAAGGUCUACGAAGGCUUGACUCCAGUUUACACCUCGGAUCUUUAUUCCGUGACGAACGCUCGCGAGUUCACCGUGAACCUCGGCGGUCUUCGUCUUCGUGGUGACAUCCUGGUGAAGUGUUACCACAGGGUGUACUCGAAGCAGAGCCGAGAAGUGAUGUUCUCGCUGCAGUUCCACACAUGCGUGAUAACAGAAAAUGUUGUGUCGUUUCCUCGAUCGGAGCUGGACGUGGCCUGCGAUGAUCCACGAUGUCCUCCGGACAGCGUGGUCACUCUGUACUUCGCCACGGACGCCAAGCGUCAGGACGGGCCGAUACCAGCGCCGACACCAGCGGUGCCGCACGCUUCCGCUCAUCACGAUCCCAUCCUCCACUGGGACAGCUACACGAAUCUCGAAAUCAGCGACGACGAAGGACGGGAAACGCCAUUAUCACCGCCACCACCUUCGAGCUCCUCCGUUCAGACAUCACCUCGCGGAUUGGGUUACACCUGCGGUCCCAUAGAUGGAUCCCUGUACGCUGUGGUACACCAGGGUGCUGCCGGUGGUGCCCGUGGCUCGCCAUUGACAGUUUCCAUGGACAGCGGCAUCAGCAGUGCUCCACCGCAACGACCUAGUCCACCAGAACCGGAGCCGGAUAACCAGGCUCAUGGUGAUCUCGACAAGCUUCUUCAUGAUAUGAUGCUUACUGUCGAGUCGAUGCCGGAUCCUCCGUCAGAGGACUACAGAACAGACAGGAGCGAGAAGAUGUACAUUCAGGAGACCCGUAGCUACAGCAGCCACGCGAGCAGCCAUUCCCCGUCGACCUACUCAACGCUGAAGGACUCGUACAGGAAUUACAGCACCGCGAAAGACUCCAGCCCGCCGUACAACUCGAGCAGCAGUUACAGCACCCUGAAGAACGAGUACCGCGAGCCAGUGAAAAUCGAGCACCGAAGGGAGGAGUGCGAAUAUCGCAUGUCGCCGGAUCGAAAGAUCGCCGAGGCCACCACGGAAGUCUAUAGGAAACACGCUGACUCGUUCUCGCCACCUGGGAAUAUCGAUUACAUCGACGAGGACAUCCCGUAUCACGCACGACAGACGAGUCAGCCGUUCUCGUACGGCGCCACGUCGGACAUGAUCAAACAUCAGAAGCUUUCGUCGCCAUCCCUGGUGAGAAAGGCGUCUGUACGAGGCACAGCGCCCGUGGUGGACUUCGAGGACAUCCUGGGGGAGAAUUCGAGGAGACCCAUCAGUCCCCUGAGCCCAAACACGCCGGAUCCUCCGCCCGAGUUCGCCAAUGGUCCCGCGAAGAACACUUCCGAUCACGUGGACGGAUUAUCGUGGCUGAGGCAGCAACAGUUGAAACUCGCGGCGAGGAGGGACGAAAGGAACCCGGGGAAACUUUGGCGACAGGAGACUGGAAAUCGCAUGAUCGGCGAACUGAGAAGCUUACAGAGAGGUAGAAUGAGGCACGACGGUUAUGCGAGCGACUCCGCGGUGCUCGACGACGACGACGACACGUGGAUUGUCAACCCCACUUCCGGACAGACGCAAACGAGACCGGCACCGUACACAUCAGCGCCAGCCAGUCCUCUGCUUCCGCAACGUUCCAGCAGCCGGAAGUACAAUGGUACCGCCGGAACUGGUACUCUGGGAAGGCCGCGUGCAGAGAGCGUGAACGAGCGUCCCUUCAUGUCGGUGAAACGUGCCUACGAAUACCGCAAGUACAACGACAGCCAGAGCCCUCCGACAUCCCCCCGCUCUGGCUUAGUAAGCACGCAAACUUUAGGAUUAGCAAUGCAACAACAAGCAACGUUCAUUAACACGGACAAGCCUCAACCGCCGCGACCAGAGUCCCGUAGCGAUAGCUUUGCCCGCGCUGACGCUCUGUUGCGCGAGCAUCGGCAGCUGCAGCAGCAGCAGCAACAGCAACAGCAACAGCAACAGCAACAGCAGCUGACGGCCGCCAGCAACAGCCACACGGACCAGAAACAAUCGAUCGGUCAGGAUUUCGUCUCGACUCUGGCGCGAAACUCUCGGCCAGAGUCGCGGAAUCGUGUCGUCGCUUGUCAGAGCGUCAGCAGAACCACGGUGACCAGCAACGACAGGAGCACCGACCACGUGGACGCGGGACUGUUGACCAUGGUCGAUCAGCAGUCGAACGCGCGGACAAGCGCGGACCCUCUCGUGAGCCUAAUUCAAUCACUGGCUGAGAUUUCGCCUAGCUACUCGCCCCAAUCGAUGACUAACAACACCAAGUCAGACACGAACGAUCAUCAUCACGCGAGCAUCAACGCAGCAACCGCGACAACUGCGAGGAGCAACAUUGUUAACAUUAGCAGCACUAAUUGCUCCCCUAACCAGUCGCCCAAAGCAUGGCAGAAUUGCACCCAGUCGCACAAUGACUCGGCUUCAUCGUGGACCGAGAGGAGCGUCAGUCCCGGAAGUGCGGUGGUCAGCAGCGCGUCGAGGCCGCAAACGCCGGCGUUCCCGGUUCAUCCUCGAACACCGUACGUGAACAACUCCUCGCCGACGGUUACGUUUGCGGCUGAUCGCUCCUACAGCACCAACGCCACCUACAACGUGAACAACAACAACAACAAUAUGAACAACGCGGAGCCAACCGGGAAUAACAACAACAACGUCGGCAAUUACGGCAGCGAACGAACGAUCUACAUCGAGGAACGAAGAGAAGUCUCGAAGGAGACGGGACUUCCACCCAAGAGUCCGACGACACAGAGACGCUUGAGUUUCCCGGCAAGCGGGCCACUUAAACAAACGCAUAACAAACGAUGGCCGCUCACUAACCAAUCGGCGUCGUUCGACUAUAGCAAGGACCGAUCUGUUUCUCCGAUAAACGAGCCGACGAUGCAACAGUCGCAAGCUGUCUCGCGCAGCCCUGGUACUCCGACUCACAUUGAAUUUGCCCAAAGUCCCAAGAGCGCCACGUCGUAUACAUCCAUAAACAGCGGUGGCCAGUCAUCUCCUCAGGUCCAGUAUUACGGUUCGAGACGGUCCAGCGUUCACUCGAACACCGAGCCGCAAGAAGUGGCCGAUGCCAACGUGAAGUUUGUCCGCGACACCAGCAGGAUCUGGUACAAGCCGAAUAUCUCUCGGGAGCAAGCAAUCUCGAUGCUGAAGGAUGCAGCGCCAGGCACGUUCGUCGUUCGAGACAGCAACUCCUUCCCAGGAGCCUUUGGUCUCGCCCUGAAGGUAGCAACUCCACCUCCAAGUGCGCCAAGCAGUCCCAAAGACCCGUAUAGCGAGCUGGUUAGGCACUUUUUGAUCGAGCCUACCUCCAGAGGCGUCAGAUUAAAGGGAUGCGCCAACGAGCCAGUCUUCAGCUCGCUGUCUGCGUUGGUAUAUCAACACAGCUUGAUGGCGAUGGCUCUGCCUUGCCAGCUGUUGCUCCCAGAACCGGAAGCUGCAGCCAGAGCUCUCGAUUCACCCGGGACGAAUAGCACGCAGCAACUGCUCGCUCAGGGUGCAGCCUGCAACGUUCUGUACCUGUUCACCAUGGAUACGGAGUCACUGACGGGUCCCCAAGCCAUCAAGAAGGCAGUCACGACGAUGUUCGAGCAGAAACCACUGCCCACCGCGACUAUCGUUCAUUUCAAAGUCUCGACGCAGGGAAUAACUUUGACGGACAACGCCCGGAAGCUUUUCUUCCGCAGGCACUACCCCACGAACAAUAUCAGUUACUGCGGCUUAGACACGGAGGAACGCACUUGGGACUUUGCCAGCGAGGAAACUGGCCGGCCGCUCAGUGCCCACCGAUGCUUCGGAUUCGUGGCGAGAAAGCCGGCGCACAAAUCGGACAACCAGUGCCACGUGUUCGCCGAGCUAGAACCAGAGCAGCCAGCCACGGCCAUAGUGAAUUUCGUGAACAAGGUCAUGAUGGGCAACUCCAUAGCCAAGGCAAACAUCGUAUACGUCGGGACGGACGACAACGCAAGUCGAAGCUCGAGCUUCGUCUAUUACGAAGCAUGAAGUAGCAUGAAGUAGCAUGAAGCGUUCUAAGCAAAAAUACACGUAGAAGUUUAACGAGAAUAGAGGUUGAAUCGUUAUUGUUCUAAACGGUGAAUGCGGUGUCCAAUGCGAAAUUGGAUUGGGGGAGAGAAAACUCGAUUCCAUCCUCGGUGUCGGUAAUCGCGCGUUACAGAAGAGAAUGUUAUUAAUGACGAUCGUUACUGCUGGUUAUUAUAACAUUAGAGAGUAGUAGAGUAAUAUACAACUCGGAGCAAAGUACGAGAGACGCGAUAUCGCAACGUUCCCGUUGUGUUACCGUUCUAGAAGAACCACUCAGAGAUUUGUCUUAAGAAUUAUUGCCACGAUUGAUCGUCUAUGAUUAACCAUUUUCUACCAGUUUUUUACGUCCCGCAACAAUCGACAAUCGUCCCGCACAUUAGUUACACGAAACCAUCACCGAUAGACAGAGAGAGAGAGAGAGAAAGGGAGAGAAAAAGAGAGAGAGAGCAACCUGUUGCACGGAAUUUUCGUUUUCGAUUAACGAUUAUAUCGUAUAUUCGUUGCGAUGGACGAUUAUACUUUGCUUCCAGCGGAAAUUAUUAAGCGAUAUACCAAGCGAACGUAUACCGAUAGCUGGUAGGUAUAGCUGACGAGCCAUCGACCGUGCUCCAUGCGCGAAUCUCGUCGAGGAUCGUCGCGCAUUCGAAGCGCAGACUCGAAGCGACGCGCGCGAAUUUGCUGAAAUUAGUAUGCACGUAUAUUUGCACGCACGUCGAUUUGCGGCAGAAAGAUGUACGAAGGCGUGGUGAACACAAAAAGAAGAAUAGUUGAAUAUCUAUAGUAAUACGUUAUUAAUCACGUUAUACUUGGGACUCUCGAGUAAUGUUUAUCGAAGGGAAUGUUACGUCGUUGCGGAGCCGUGCUUGUGUGCGUAUCGUUGUGUGACGGCGAUGUUCCGAAAGAACAGCAGCAGCGGUUUCGAAUGGUAAAACGUUGCGAGUAAAACGUUCUAUAAAUAACUGUAAAUAGGUCGAACGGGAAGGUACGAGGCAAAAUCGUAUCGGGAAGAGGAUCGGUUCAGUUGUUCGCCGAAUGUAUGGAUGAGGAUGAAGAUUCAAGAGGAAAAGAAUGAAAGGAAAAUCGAGUGAACUGAAGAAGAAAGAACGAAUCGACUCUUCGACGCGUCAACGUGACGAAACAGAGAUAUAAACGAUACUCGGAGAGGAGUAGCGUACCGAAACGAAACAUCACAUAUUGUUUGACGAAUCCCCGUAGGUUCUUGCCAUUUAAUCGUCCUCCGCGAGCCAUGUUCGUCGUUCGUCGAACGGAGGCGAUCGGCGAGGACGGCGAUAAGCAGUCAAUUAUUGCGAAUGAAGUGUUAUAUAUAAUUGCGACAAUACCGUGCCACGAGGAUCUACGAUAAAAAAAUAAACAGAGAAGGGAGGGAAGAACAUUUAUCGUAUCCUCGACGUCGCGACAAUUUCCUUUCUUUCUCCCUUCGUUUACUUUUUCACGCUGUUUUUUAACAGAAAUCGAGAAGAUCGGUCGGAUUCUUUCUUACGAAGCCUCCUCUGUACGUCGUCCAACCGAUUCUUAUCUGUCUAUCGAGAUAACUGGAGAACGGUUGGAGAUUGAGAGAGGUUUUUGUCGGACAAAACUGUGUGCUAGUCAAAAUUCGAUGUGUAUACUCGAACGAACAGAGAAUUCGAUAUAUAGAUAUCUCGAUCUUUGUGAAGAAAGAAAGAGAAUAAAUGCAAAACCAUCCGAUCUUUCUUCUCGGCGGCUCCUCUGUCUUAUUCUUCGUUGUCUCGUCUCUUUAUGUGUUUUCAAUUUUUUUCUUUUUUUUUUUUUCUCGUACACGUGGAAAAAUCUGACUAACAGAGUAACAUUAAUUUAACACCAGUCAUUAUUAUAAUUAUUAUUAAUUAUUAUUACUUAUUUACGCUCUAUCAUUACGUACGUUCACGGAAUAAUUGUAUUGCUGCACGCCGGAACGGUGUGCCUCUUAUAGUUGUAACGAUAAUAAAAACCAUAUUCGCAGCGCAA